GCUGGACAGUGCCAAGCCUCGCCAAGAGAGUUGCAAGCGGAUUGCCAAGGAAGGACAGACUUGGCAGAUGCGCAGGGCGUGCCAAGGGAGCCAAGAGCCUGGGUGAUCGCCUGGACGGAAUUCAGAUUUAUAUAUUAUAUUACCAUCUCCCUCAUGUCUCACCCGCCUCCUCUUCGCAAGCCUCUUCUGCACUCCCGUGAGCUCGUUCCUCUCAGCCUUCUCCAGUAUUCCCUCUACCGCAACUCCUAUCUGCAUAUGUCUGCCUCUCCGCCACACGGCCAGUCUUCCUCGCCGCCUUCGCCAAAGCUGCAACAACAGGAACAGGAACAACAGCCGGAAUCCUCCUCUGACAUUCCUCAGGAGAAACCCCAAGCAAAGUCCGAUCCUGCUCCAGGCCAUUCCUGCCAGUGGAUCGACUGCGACAAGGUCCUCUCCGACCCAGAGUCUCUCUACAACCAUCUCUGCAAUGACCACAUAGGCCGCAAGAGCACUGGCAACCUCUGUCUCACAUGCAAAUGGAAAGACUGCGGCACGUCCUGCGCUAAGCGCGAUCACAUCACUUCUCAUCUCCGAGUGCAUACACCGCUGAAGCCCCAUGUAUGCGAGAUUUGCAAGAAGCCCUUCAAGCGUCCUCAGGAUCUCAAGAAACACGAAAAGAUCCACACAGAGGAACACCAUGCCCAGCAUAGGCAUUCCAAAGCCAUCACCGUUGUCGACCCCGCGUACUCUAAUCGCGUCCAUGGGGACCAAAUCAGAGCCUCUUCCAUUUCUGCGAGAGUGAAACCUUCGUCCUCGCUUUCUUCCGAUGAACUACAAGUUCCGAUUGCCAGAGCAAAGUCGGGUUCAAUCUCGUUAUCCGAAGGUUCCUCUGGUACGUACAAUUUGUCAGACUUUGGUGUUUUGCCCACUCCCUCUCCCGAUAUCGCACAUUCCCCCAUCCGAUAUUCAGUCCCCGAGCCUCACCACCAUGACAUCUACAACAUUCAGAAUCAACUCCCUUCAUGGGAAGUCCUCCGAUCAGAUGGCACGACGGCUACAACAACGCCUGGAGCCGGCGGAGGUGCAAAGAGAAGCUAUGAUUAUAGCGUUGGAGACUUCUUCACCGACGUGAAGAAACGGAGGGUAAACCCCUCUUAUGAUCCUCAUAUGGUCGAACGCCUCAACACCAUCGCACAGUCUCAAUCUUUGAGUAACGCGACAGGACGAAGAGUCACAGUCGGACCUCCUUCGAUGAAUCAGUCCAAUUUCAACCCUCGUUCCGUGUCAUUUGAUAUUCGUUCGCCUGAAGAACUCGCUGCUGUGAACGAAUUCCUCAUUACACUAGGGCGAGAUGUCUCGCAAGCCCCACCAGGAGCUCGACACCCUCAGUCCGUCCAAUCUCACCACUCCCCUCACGGCCUUCACAAUGGCCAUACUCCCCAUCCUUCUCAUAACCCACACAACAUGCACAGUCAACAAUCACAUGCCGGUCCCCCGCCUCCCCCACCAGGUCUUUCCGCCUCAGCGCAAAACGAUUACAAUGCAGCUGCUCAAUACUUCGACACGGCUGAUUUAACUCAGUUAGGAUUGACUGGUAUGCCAGGAGUCCCCUCCGCUCCUAAUGCUCCUGGUCCGGGCUCGGGUGCAGGGUAUCAUGGAGAUGGAAUGGGCCUUGGUGGCGGAAACGGGUACGGUGGAGGCGCAAAUGAUCUUUUGGCAAGCCAUAUUAACCCAUAUCCCAGUCGGGCGAGCCAUCAAAGUGUCCAACCGGUUCAAAGUGUUCAGUAUGGCGGUGGAGGGAACGGGCUCUAUCCUGCCCUUCCGACAGAGUCGUAUUCGGAUUAUGAGUUCCCUCCUCAACAUUAUCAUCACCGGUCUUCCAGAAUCUCGAUGUCGCCUGCUUCGUCUUCUGGCCCGCAAUCGUAUCACCAACCAGCACCUUCGCAUUACCUCAACACUCCUUCCCUUUUGCACGACCCCCAUUCAUCGUCUUCUGGUGGUAUGAACACGAUCUCACUAGGCGGAUCAUCGCCGCUCUCCUCACACUCAUCAAUGUCAACACCACCCAUCGCGACACCACCACACAUUCCCUCCCUCCCCGUCCUGCCCGAAAGCGUUGCCAACUUUGAUUACUUGCGACCUCGACAUGCUCCGCCCACGAUUCAGCUCGCUCCUGUUGAUCUUGGUGGAAGAACGAUGAGGACGAUUGUGCCUUUGAAGACCGCACCUGAAAGUGUUGUAAAGAAUCGACCGGAGCCUAUGGAACCCAGGUUAGAUCCUAAGGCUCCUGGGACUUAUCCCCAUCGAGGUCCUCCGGCGAAGUUGACUCCGGAUGUCAUAUCGGCGUUGUCGUCGUCGAGCUCAAGAUUGUCUAUGUCGUCUUCCUCAAGACCUUCUACGUCUUCGUCUUCAUCUUCCAGACCUUCGAAUGAGAGUUCGUCACAUGCCGGGUCGUCGUUAUACCCUCUACUUACAAGAGGAGAUGAUGAAUACACUUUGGCGCCGUUGAAGAAUCGACAUCUCUAUCGCUCUCCUUCACCUGCGUCGGAGGCUAGUACUAGUACUAGUCAAGCUAUGUCGCCAAUGAGGGAAACGUCACCUUCGCCGGUGUAUGAUGAGGAUAUGCGGAGUGUUAGUUCGGAUUCGGAUUCGGACGAGAGGGAAAGACGUGUUGAGGAGGACACGGAGAUCGACUCUCCUGAGGGGAGUAGUAGGAGUGUUACACCUGAAGCUAGGAAACCUCUCUUGCCUGGGAUCAAGGCACUCACAAGUGGCGUCACUCCCUCAUCAACAUCGUCGCCGUCGUCCAGAGUAGGGUACCCUGAUCUCAGUCAACUCGCUCUCUCGACUCCACCUUCGACUUCACCCGUGAUGUCUUCUCGUACACCAACCGCCACUUCUUCACCCACCACCAGCGCAAAUGGUACCACGGAAGUCGCUGCUGCUUCUGCUUCUGUUACACUGGGUGUUGGUGCUACUGAGGCACAGCGAUUAGAACAUGCACGGCUGAUCAGAGAGUUGUUGGUUCAGAUCAAUCUGGAUUAUAGGCAGAAGUUCGGGACACCUCCUUCGCUUGAUGGUAGUGAUCAUCAUGAGUCUAUGACGCCAAGAGCUGGAUCUAGGUCUCCGACUACGGCGGCGGCGGCGGCGACUAUUCAUGAGAGGACGGGUGGUGGGAGUUUGUAUCCGUUGUUGAGUGGGGAGAAGUGGGAUGAGGAGGUUAGGAGGGAGAGGGGGGGUUGGUGUGUGGGGAAGGGGACGAGAGAUGUUGAGAUGCUUGUUGUUUGAUGAUGUGGAAGAUAUACACACAAUCUACUCUUCGCGAUUUUUUUUAGUUUCGCGUUGUCCAUUGCUAUUAUCGUACAUACUUAUUUUUUUCGAGUUUGAAAUCCAAUCAGAUGUAUUCGGCUCUCCCCCUCUCUGUGUCUCUUUUCUCUCUUCGUGGUUAGACGAUAUUAUUCCUUGUUGUAAUGCUUGUAUUAUAUGUAGCUUUUUUGCUAGCCCAGGAGAUUGAAAUGCCUAUUCAUGUUGCACGA